AUGGCAGCUCAUCCAAGUCAAACUAAAAGCCGCUGGAAAUAUUACUCAACUCAUUAUGGCCCGGAAAAAUCUCCUACGUCGUCUUCGCAAAUAUGUAGCCCAGAAGAACAAGUUUCUUCGAAGCCAAACAUAGAAUAUCCAACUUAUGGGCGGCAACGAAGUUUUUUCCCACUUGGGAUUGUCAGUGAGUGCGAUUUGAAAGAACUGCGUCCAAGUGCUGAAAGGUUGAACUCCCAGGUAAAAUGUAGGAGCUUCCCUUGUCUGUCUUCCUCCAGUCCAGCAAGAUGGGGAACAAAGUUUGUAUAUUCACCUCCCAGAAGUCCAGGAAGUGAAGAAAGCUUUGACCACGUGCAGUCAACCUUGACAAAAACUCCCGUACGCGGGAAUUUUCGGAAAAGAAUGUACAGCUGCCCGAGCACUCCUGUCAACGACUUUCUUCGCACCGAAGUUCCAAAUUUAUCAGCUAUUAUGGUACAAGCGCAGUCGGUUCCUCUUGUGAGGCGACGUUCACAACCCUCGCCGACUUCCAGGUUUAAAACAACGGCCAGUUCGACGGGAAACCCAAGCCGAUCUCUGGAACGCUCGGCCAGCCUUUCUUCCAUAGAACGUGCAGUUGCAAAGAAACCCAGCCUUGCGGAAAAAUCUAGCGAUUCACGAGAGAAUACACAAGAACUAUCUAAGUCUCUGUCAGAAAUUAAAAUCGAAGAUGGUGUAAUUGUUAUCAACAACGGUAAAGCUAUCGAUCUGAAAAUGGACAAGGCCAGAAAACAUAAUCGCAGCAACGAAGGUAGAAGAAACUCCGAAGCAGCCAAGAGUAAAAGUUAUCGAGAAUUUCAGGACGCCAUUCAAAAGUUGGAGGACGCACAGCUGAAUUUAGAAGGCGAGGUGAACGCUAAAGCAAAGACGUUCGAUACGAGAGAGAAAGAGGAGAAGUUUUUUAACGAGAAUGUACAACCACAUUUCCUAGAUUUACUUACGACUGUGAAAGGAAAGAGAAGGAAGCCUAAAGGCAAAAAAUAUAAAUGCUAA